CCCAAUCACCAAUUAGUCGGCACCGGAGCCUUUCGAUCGACAGGAAGCUCCGCGGUCGCAACGGCACGAUUUGUCGGACUCGCACAGGCUAGCGACGACGCGAGUGGUAAUCCAGCCAACCACAACGGCAAUGACGCAGAGUCGGGCCUCCUUAGCAAUCGCAGCGGCGGAGGGAGAGAAGUCAAUGAAGUGGUGCAGCUGGAUACUGUUGAGAAUGGUGUGGCGGAUGCCGACGUCCGUGAAGUCCAUGCGGGAGGAUUACUGGCCGCACGUGACUGCGGAGAGCUUCCACGUCCGCAUUCUGCCCGUUCCUCGAUGCCUCCCUCCACUUGCAAAAGAUGCGCUGCGGCCAUGGCUGAGCUCUAUCCGUCAUUGGCGCAGUGUGCCAUCGUGGCAGCUGCCUUCAAGGUACUGCUGUUUCCAGCUUACAAAUCGACCGAUUUUGAGGUGCACCGCAACUGGCUUGCCAUUACACAUUCUCUUCCUGUCAAGGAGUGGUACUACGAGAAAACUUCCGAAUGGACUCUCGAUUACCCCCCGUUCUUUGCGGCUUUCGAAUGGCUGAUGUCGCAACUUGCCGCUUUUGUGGAUCCUGCAAUGCUGGUGGUUCAAAAUUUGGAAUAUGAUUCCUGGCAGACCGUCUACUUCCAAAGGACUACUGUUAUCCUGACGGAGCUAGUCCUUGUGUACGCUUUGAGCCGGUUCAUCAAAACUGCUCCUCUGCCGAACAAACAGGCGGCGCAUGUGGCUAGUCUCUCGAUCCUUCUCUCACCGGGUCUCUUUAUCAUCGAUCACAUCCACUUUCAAUACAAUGGAUUUAUGUAUGGCAUUUUAAUCCUGUCGCUUGUUCUUGCUCGCAAGCAACUCCUCGCCAGUGGGUUCCUGUUCGCUGUUCUGCUCUGCUUCAAGCAUAUCUACCUCUACCUCUCGCUCGCCUACUUCGUCUACCUCCUGCGCGCUUACUGCUUGGAUCCUAAGAAUGCUCUACGCCCACGUUUCCUGAAUAUUAUCAAGCUCGGGGUCUGUGUGGUGGGCGUCUUCGGCAUUGCUUUUGGGCCUUUUGCAGAUUCAAUCCUCCAGUUAAAGGAUCGUCUCUUCCCUUUUUCAAGAGGUCUGUGCCAUGCGUACUGGGCGCCCAACUUCUGGGCAAUCUACUCGUUUGCCGACCGUGCAUUGAUCCCACUUGCUCCUCGCCUAGGUCUGCCUGUGAACCACGAGGCCCUCAAUAGUGUUACUCGAGGCCUUGUUGGGGACACCUCCUUUGCUAUUCUUCCGGAGGUGACCAAGGAGCAGACUUUCCUCCUGACUUUCGUCUUUCAGCUGGUCCCCUUGGUGAAGCUUUGGCUGAACCGAGAUGACUGGGAUACUUUCAUCGGAGCAAUAACCCUUUGUGGCUAUGCUUCAUUUCUCUUUGGCUGGCACGUCCAUGAGAAAGCCAUCCUUUUGAUUAUUAUUCCCUUUAGCUUGAUUGCUUUGAAGGACCGCCGACACUUCAGUGCCUUCAGGCCCCUCGCGGUUGCGGGCCACGUCUCUCUAUUCCCAUUACUAUUCACAACAGCCGAGUUCCCUCUGAAGACCGUGUAUACAAUCUUCUGGCUGGUUCUGUUCCUCUUCGUUUUCGACCGCAUUGCGCCAGUCCCAGAACGGCCACGGGUCUUUGUGUUUGACCGCUUCUCUUUGAUUUACUUGACCAUGUCGAUACCCCUGGUCUUGUACACCUCGCUGCUUCACCACCUGAUCUUCGGAUCGGAUCGGCUGCAGUUCCUCCCGUUGAUGUUUAUGAGUACUUACUGUGCAAUUGGGGUUUUAGGAAGCUGGGUCGGGUUUAUGGUGGUAUACUUUACCACGUGA